CUCUCUCCUCCUCCUCUCUCCUGCUUAAUAAUCACCGGAAGUUUUUAGCAAAAGCAUCAAAGGAGCCGCUCUGGUUCCGGAUCAGCUCAGAAUGGUACCGAGAAUGAAGCGGGUUCCGGCUUUGACCGCCUGACCUCUACCUGUUGGAUAUGUCGGACUUCCAGAGGGUACCUGAACGCCUCACGGCCCGCAGAGAAAUGACGCAGAGAAGUUUCACUUCCUCCGCCGCUGUAGGAAGCUUCAGUUUGUAGCCGCUGGAGCAGCAGGAGGUUCGGCUGCUGUCGCUGCUGGAGCGGUCCGGAGAGCAGGCUGGCUAGAAAGCUGCGGUGAACAUGGGUCAGGCGGAGGAAGUCAUGGUGUCGUAUCUGAACCUCCUGACGUGCCACAGGGAGCUGCUGGUGUCCACGCUCAGGAGCAUUCAGUGCGUCCUGGAUAACCUGCUGGGAAGCGGCUUCUUCUGUCAGGAAGAUGUGGAGAUCGUUCAACGAACCGCCACCAAACCAGAUCAGGUGCGCAAAAUCCUGGAGCUGGUUCAGUGCAAAGGAGAGGAAGCCUGUGAAUACUUCCUGUUCAUCCUCUAUGAAAUACGUGAUGCGUACAUCGACCUGCAGCCGUGGCUGCUGGAGAUCAACUACAAGCCCAGCAGAGAAAUCAGAGAGAUGAAAGUGGUGAACACCGACCCCAUCAGCAGGUAUAGUGAGAAGCUACGCCAUGAGAUGAGCAGAGACACCUGCUUCAUCAUGUCCUACGGUCAGCAGGACGAGACGCGGCUGGAGGAGCUCUACACGGACACGGUGAUGGAGAUGAUCAAUGACUGUAACGAGAGUCUGGGCUUCUUGGAGAGUCUGGACCAGCUGCUGGGAGACGACGGCGUUUUUAACCCCCAAGGGGAAAUCAUCUAUGUGGUGGGGGACGCUGGCGUUGGAAAGUCCAUCCUUCUGCAGAAGCUCCAGAACCUCUGGUCCAAAAAGGAGCUGCAGACAGACGCCAGCUUCUUUUUCAAGUUUCGCUGCCGGAUGUUCAGCAUCUUCAGGGAGGCAGAGCAGAUGUCCCUCAGAGACCUGCUGUUCAAAUACAACUGUUACCCGGAUCACGAUCCAGAGAACGAAGUCUUCGAUUACAUCCUGCGCUUCCCUGAGAAGGUUCUGUUCACCUUUGACGGCUACGAUGAAAUUCAGGAGGACCUGGACCUGAUUAAUGUUCCUGAGGUCGUAUCUCCGGAGGACAAAGCAGACGCCCUUCAGUUGCUCCUCAGCUUGCUCAGUGGAAAACUGCUCAAAGGCUCCAAGAAGGUCCUGACGACUCGCACUGGGAUCGAGAUGCAGAGUCGAGUCAUCAGGAAGAAAGUGGUUCUGCGUGGAUUUUCUCCAGACCACCUGAAGACGUACAUCAAGCUGCACUUCAGGGAGCAGGAGCACCGAGAGCUGGUGUCCGUCCAGCUGGACGCCAGCCCCCACCUCUGUGGUCUGUGCUCCACCCCCCUGUUCUCCUGGAUCGUCUUCAAAAGCUUCAGACACCUGCACACCAUGCAUGACGUCUUCCACCUGUCUGAGAACAGCAUCACACUAACAGACAUCUUUCUCCUGCUGUCGGAGGUCUUCCUCAGCCGCCUGGCCGCCGCUCCUUCUCCUCUGCUAAAGAAAAGCACCCGCUGCAUCUCAGAGACCUUCAGGGUGGGGCUCAGGCCCCUGGCUGCCUUUGCUAAGCUUGCCCUGCAGGGUCUGGAGAGAGGAAGCUUUCUGUGCAGCCGGGAGCAGCUGGCUGAGUGCGGUCUAACCGAAGACGACAUGGCUCUGGGCUUCCUCAGACCCGUCCAUGACUUUGACGCCAGUGAAGCUCCCGCUACCUUCGAGUUCAUCCACAUUACGCUCCAGUCCUUCUUGGCUGCCUUUGCUCUAGUGUUGGACGAGCAGACCUCGGCCAGCUCCAUCCUUAAGUUCUUUGCAGAGUGCAGCAGGCGGAGGGAGACGUUCUGUCUGCCGUUAGCAUCCUGCAUCGGCAGCUCAAUGAAGCCCAGCGAGAAGAAGCCGUUCUCGACCAACGAGCAACUGCAGUUCACCAACCUGUUCCUGUGUGGCUUGCUGUCAAAGACUCAGGCUGCUCUCAUGGGAACUCUGCUCUCUCCCGUUCUGUUAAAGAGAAAAAGGGCCCUGCUGAAGGCCUACCUGUCCACCAGUGUGAAGGUCCACCUGGAGGGCUUACCCCAUUAUAACGGUGAGGAAGGCCAGAAAGUUCACGUCCUGCCAAACUUCCUUUGGAUUCUACGGUGCAUCUUUGAGACGGGGAGCAAAGACAUCGCUAAAAUGACGGCCAAAGGCAUCACGGCCAACUUCAUCAAGCUUGGCUACUGUAACGUCUUCUCAGGGGACUGCACUGCCAUCAACUUUGUGCUGCAGCACCGGCAGAAGCUGCUGGGUCUGGACAUGGACAACAACAACAUCAGUGACUAUGGGGUCAAGCAGCUGCAGCCUUCGUUUUCUAAGAUGACGGCAGUGAAGUAAGAAGGGUGUUUGAUCUCUAUAUCUUUCAGUGUUCCUUAUUAUUGAUUAGAUCAUCAAACAUCUGAAGUAGAGGCCAAGCAGACUGUAAAAGACGAUCUUUUCUCCAUCCUCAGACUCUACAACAAUAACAUCACUGAUGCUGGAGCCAAACUGGUCGCUCAGAUGAUUGAGGAAUGCCCUCAGCUAGCAAUUGUCAAGAUUGGUAAAAACAAGAUCACAAGUGUCGGUGGAAGGUAUUUGGCCAACGCCAUUAAGAAGAGUACUUCCAUAUUUGAUGUUGGAAUGUGGGGCAACAGCAUUGGUGAUGAGGGAGCAGAAGCAUUUGCUGAAGCCUUGAGGAACCACAGAAGUCUCACCAACCUCAGUCUGUCUGCCAAUGGCAUCACUUCAGAAGGGGGCAAACAUCUGGCAGAAGCACUGAAGGAGAACAGCGUCCUGAGGAUCUUCUGGUUGGUGCAGAAUGAGAUGAUGGAUGAUGCAGCUCCCCACUGGGCCCAGUUGGUUCAAGCAGACACUGGGCUGACCCACCUUUGGUUAAUCAACAACCGCUUCACAGCUGCUGGGAUCCAACACUUCGCUGAUGCUUUAGCUUCCAACACCAAGCUGAAGGAGAUCUGCUUUAAAGGAAACCUGCUCACUGAAGAGGAACAGAAACUGUUUGAAUCAGAGAAACGGCUUCUUUUCCACUGAUGGAACUGCUCUUUUCCUCCUGGAUGGAACCAUGAACUGCUACUGUGCCACAUCCUGAACCAGAGCCUGUUAAAGGCCUCAAUUCAAUUCAGUUUAUUUAUAUAGCGCCAAUCCACAACACAAGUCAUGUCAAGACACUUUAC